CCCGUCUCUAACUCCGCCCCCAGGCUUGGUUUGGUUCGGCUCGUAGAGCGCUGCCUCCAGUCGCUCGCUCGCUCGGGUGGCGCUAGCUCUCCAGGCUCCCGGCCCCGCCGCCUCAGCCCACCCGGGCCAUGACACCGCUGCAGCAGCGCCCAGCUCGGCGCCCCGCUCCCUCGCCGCGCGCCCCGAGGGCUGCCAGCCUCCUGGACCUCCCCCUCCUGCUGCCCCUGCUGCUGCUGCUGCUCCGAGCCGCUCCUUCCGCCGCCGCUGCCCCCGAUCCCGCCGGCAGCCGCCCCAAGACGAGCCCCCGCAUCACCGCAGCCUGGAAAGGACAGGAGAGUUACCGGUUCCCACAGCCCGAGCCCCACACGGUGCUGUAUCACGAGCUGGGCAGUGACUCUGUCGUGGUGGGCGGCCGAGGGAAGCUCUACCAUUUUGACUUCAUCCAAGGAAAAACUCUUUCUCUGACACAGGUGUACAUCGGUCCCAAUAAAGCAUACUGCCAGAAUCAGCUGGACUGCGAGAACUACAUCACCCUUCUGGAGAAGCAGGCCGAAGGGCUGCUCAUUUGCGGGACCAACGCUCGCCAUCCCAGCUGCUGGAAUUUGGUUAACAAGACCAUCACUCUGCUUGGGGAAAGGCGGGGCUAUGCUCCAUUCACCCCCGAUGAGAAUUCCCUGGUCCUGUUCAGCGAUGACCAGGUGUAUUCCACAAUCAGAAAGCAGGAAUACAAUGGCAAGAUCCCAAGGUUCCGGCGCAUCGGAGGAGAGCGGGAGUUAUACACCAGUGACAUGGUCAUGCAGAACCCACAGUUCAUUAAGGCCACCAUCAUCAACCAGGACGAAGCCUACGACGACAAGAUCUACUACUUUUUCCGGGAGAACAAUCCCGACAAGAACCCCGAGGCCCCCAUGAACGUCUCCCGGGUGGCCCAACUGUGUAAGGGGGACCGCGGUGGCGUGAGCUCCCUGUCGGCCUCCAAGUGGAACACCUUCCUGAAGGCCAUGCUGGUGUGCAGCGACCCGGCCACCAACAAGAACUUCAACUGGCUGCAGGACGUCUUCCUGGUCCCGGACGCCGCGGGGGACUGGCGCGCCACAAAGGUCUACGGGGUCUUCUCCAACCCCUGGAACUACUCGGCCAUCUGUGUGUACUCCAUCGGCGACAUAGACCGGAUCUUUCGGACAUCCCCACUCAAAGGCUACAGUGGGACGCUGCCCAACCCACGGCCGGGCAAGUGCCUUCCAGACCAGGAACUGACACCCACAGAAACCUUCCAGGUGGCUGAUAGUCACCCCGAGGUGGCCCAGAGGGUUGAGCCUUUUGGGGACAAGAAGACACCCCUUUUCCACUCCAAAUAUCACUACAAGAAAGUCUUAGUGCAUCAAAUGCAGGCCAGAAACGGGUCCUCCUUUGAAGUUCUCUACCUUGCCACAGACAAAGGAACGAUCCACAAGGUGGUGGAGUCAGCCUCUGGUGCCUUUAACAUCAUGGAAAUCCAGCCCUUCCGUCACCACCCGGCCACCAUCCAGUCCAUGGCCCUGGACAACGUGACGAUGAAACUGUACGUGAACUCUCAGUGGGAGGUCAGCCAGGUGCCCCUGGACCUCUGCAGCGAGUACCGGGGGGGCUGCCAGGGCUGCCUGAUGGCGCGGGAUCCCUACUGCGGCUGGGACGACACCCACGGCCAGUGCGUCUCCAUCUACAAGUAUAAAGGGCCUCUGUUACAGGCUCUGGGUCCCAACGAGCCUCACACGGAAUGUCCUUCCUCCAAGCCGGAGAAGGACCCGAACAAGGCGCAGAGCGUCAUCCUGGCCCGGAACUCCCGCUACUACCUGACGUGCCCCGUGGAGUCGCACCACGCCACGUACUCGUGGCACCACGGGGACAAGAAGCUGCACCGCUGCGAGCCCGGCUGGCAGAGCUCGGACUGCAUCCUGUUCAUCGAGAAGCUCACGGACGAGCAGUACGGCCUGUACCGCUGCCAGGCCGAGGAGGGCACCUACAGCCGCGUGGCCGUGGAGUGGGAGCUGCGCCGGGAAGCCACGGCCGAGCACCUGCUGAUGGGCCGCGCCGCCGCGCUGCUCCCCGGCCUCCUGCUCCCGCUGGCAGCCGCCCUGCUGGCUCACUAAGGACCCCACGCGGACCCUCCUCCUCCUCAGGGCGCGGGGCUCUGUGGCUUGCUCCUUCCUCUUCUGCCACUUCCGGGAGACGCCCUCUGCCCCCCUCCCCAGCGCCCCUCCCCCCGCCCCAGGCCCGAGCCUUGCCUUUCCCCCUGGGGCCGCGGGCUGGGGGAGCACAGAGCUUCUCCCCCACUUUCUUCAGGGGAACGAACAUUUCUGAGCCAUAGGUCUGCUUGGGGGGCGCGGGGUGGGGGAGGGGUCGGGGACACCGAGAGGCUGCUCUUGGAUGCCCGGGGCGCUCGUCAGGGAAGGAGGGGGCGUCCCGGGGGUGGGGACGGACUCUGGGGCCUCCUCCCUGUGAGGGCGGUUAAGAGCAGAGCCGGUUGCUCCCGGAGAGCCGCCCUCUGGGGGUCCCGGGGGUGGAAAGGGGCGGCACCCACCGGAGCAGCAUGGCGGGGAAGGAGCCGACUCUGGCGCAGAGCCGAGGGUUCUCCUUCUGGGGCCAAAGGGAAGAGCUUGCCAAAGGUGAAUCUUACUUGGAAACUCUGUUGACUAUGCAUUGGGUGUGGGUGGGUGAGGGGCGGGAGGGCAAGGGCCGGAAGGAGCGGGGCGGCCGCCCCCUCCCGUCGGAGCCCCGGCCCCCGGGCUCGGCUACCUCCGAGGUCCUCCUGGGCCCGAGCUGCCAGAGCUGGACUCUGCUCCGUCCGCCCCAUCCUCGGGCAGGCCCCUCUCCCCGGGGGAGGCCCGGGGCAAGCUGGCGCGCCCGGCUGGUCCCCUCCCCUUUUGGUGGGGAGGGGAGGGCCCUCUGAAGCUUGCAUGUUUAUCUAGGGAAGUUUCCUUUCCUCCCGGAAGGGAUUUUAUUUAUAUUUGUUUAGCUUAUUUUAAGUUUGACAACUUCCAACUGCAUCCAAAUGAAACUUCAACAAUGAUGGGCAGGGUGGGGGGAGGGGGGUUAGGUGGCCCGGCCGAGGGCACCUGGGGUUGGAAACAUAAUCCGGAGAAAGUUUAGUUUAGGGGGAGAGGGCGGGCGGGAGGGGGUGGGGACAGAGGAGGAGCACUGUCUGCUGAGGUCCUGGAGGACCUGGGGAGGACUCCCCGGAGCCUGACCUCGGGAGCCCCGAAGGGCCAGGAGGGAGGUCAGACUCAGGGCUAGGGAAGGCAGGACUAAGCGCGGGAGACAGUCCCCAUCCCCAGGGAGCCCCAGGCCCGGUGGGAGAGACCAAGCAACCCAGCUCGGGAGUCCCCCCGGAACGGCGGUCAUAGGGCAGGUAUUCCCCGUGACUUGGGAGUUGAGGAAAUUAUUUGGAGGGGAAAGGUUGGGGGUGGGGGGUGGGACGAGAAUGAAGGAACAUAACUGGUCCAAAUUUCAAGGUGUUCAUUUAGAAGGGGUUUGGCCCUCAUGGGUAGUGAGGGCCUGGGCCUCUAGAGCUGGCCUUUGGAGUUGAGGGUUGGGGGUGAGAAGGGGGCGUCCCAUUCUAAUCCCCUCUGUUGUCCCCUCCCCAAGGGCUGUGCUUCCAUCCGGGUUCAUGCCUUCAGCUCAGGUCAUAUUAUAAUUUAGGAUAAACUGUGAAUCCCAGAAGGAGCUCUCCCUGGGGCUGCGAAGGCUGGAGCUCCCCGGGGCGCUGGAGUAGGGGCUCCCAGUGCCCUUGGUCUACCAUUUCAGUAGCAAGCCCAGGCAACUUUCUUCCUCUGUGCCCUAUGGGCCCAGGCCCCGGAAUCUGGCAAUCUUGGGUCUGCUAUCUCCUCUUGAUGCACUUUAAUAACAUUACUAAUAAACAGACUAUUUAUUUA